AGUUAUUCAUUGUUGAUGACAACACAUUAAUCAAUCAAACACACUAACCAAUUAUUUAAUCAAUAAGUCGUAAUUAAUUUUUUUAAUAUGGAAAAUGUAGGACUACUAAGCCAACGCGAGAUAAGCAAAAAUGAGAGGUAUGGCAGCAAUUAAACGGUGCUCUCUACUUAAAGCAAGAAUGCAAGAUUCAAGACGCGUAAAAACGAGACCAAUCGUCAGACUUUUGAUAUGGCAACGAGUGUUGUGUGACUGUGUGUUUCAUUUGUUCUCUUUAUGUAGUCUCUCUUGUUCUAUUGUUCAGACUUCAGAGUAUUCACGUGUUUUUCUCAAGUAUGCUAUAGAACUAAGUGUGUUGGCAGUCUGUUAAUCUUCUUGUUCAUAUUACCGUAUUCAAAAUGGAGUUGUAUUUCAAGCAUCAGUGUUUGUAAUUAAAUCUUAAGUAACAUCAUAACAACGAGGUCUAAAUUGCCCACAUGUUGCGAGGUCACAGGAUCAUGUAUCUCUCCACCCAAAGUAUGUUCUAAUGAAGGCUCAAGAUUUAGAAAAGGUGACAGGUACGAGUUCUCCUACGAAGUGAUGACCAGCACUGGACUAACACGUGAUCCACACGGGACUGCUGGUACAAAAUUGACAUGCAAUCUAGUUAUAUCGGUUCUACGCAAAUGUGAACUGACAAUGGAGUUACUCAACUGUCAUUUAGAUGAUCGAGGUCCUUCAAGAUUUUAUACCACAACAGAAAAUUCAGAAACGCUCGCAGAAGAGCUAAGCAGGCAUCAAGUCUAUUUUCAUUACAAUGAAGGCAUGGUCAUUGGCCAUGAGAUAUAUGUUUCUGAAUUGGAACCUUUAUACAUUCUAAACAUAAAGAGAGGUAUUGUAUCACUUCUUCAGUUGCCUACAAAGCCUGAUGAUCUAGAAAACAAAUCAGUCGAACUGCAUGAUAUUUUUGGAACUUGCUUGACAGAUGUAACAUUCCCAGAAAAUACUGCUACCUAUGUACAAACUUAUCGCGAUUUAGUUGCUUGUAAUCUUUCUCACAUAAGUGAAAGCCAAGCAAAUGUUUUGUCUUAUAGCAAAACUCUGAUUGGAAGACAUAGAAUGGCCCCUAUCACUGAGUUCAGUUAUCCAUUUGAAUCAGAAGUGACCUGUGAUUUUGAAUUAGGAAAACACAACAUUUUAAAACUAGCAAGAUGUGUUCAAAGGCAAUCUCACAUACCACUUGGCUAUGAAGACCAACAUUUUCACUCAGUUGUCACCAACAUCAGUCAGGUGAUAAAAUUUUUAUCCAAAACUCGAAUGGGAAACCGACCUGUUGACCAUUCUUUGAAUGGAAAACGUUUGGUCAAGCUAACGAUGGAGUAUGAGUCCAGUGAUAAAAAACACAGUAGUGAUGAUUUGGAGAGAGAUCUAGAUGUUGUGCUACAGGAUUUUAUUGCCCAGGGUCACAGCAACAAAAUCAACCUAGAUCAUUCUGCCCAAAGUAUUGACUUGCCUUUGCAUUGCAGUUACAGAAGAUUGGUACACACAUUGAGAGAUAUGGAAGAAGAUGAAAUUAGAAAAGUGAAAGAUGCAAUUUUUGCUUGUCGUCAUUCAACUCUUUGCUACAAAGCAUUUAAUGAAAAGUUAGAUUAUAAAACCCUCCAGUCUACAAAAGAAGGUCUCUUGAUUAGCAGCUUGAUGUCAUGUGGCUCCAGAGAUUGUAUGAUCUUUGUGGCAGAAUCUUUGAAGUUGAAACACAUUGAGAGAUUUGAAGCUGAUAGAAUAUUGUUAAACCUUGGAUUGUUUUACCAUCCUUCAAGUAGAUUUGUUAAGCACAUAUUUGACUAUUGCAAACAUGACUACAGCUCAGAGUGUCUUUUAGCAAUGUCUGCUAUGAUGAGCCGUCUCAAUGAUUCCUUAGAGUCCACUAGUCACAAACAAGUGGUUGGCUAUAUUGUAUUUGAUGUUUUGACUUAUUUGCACAAGAUGAUUACUGAAAAUGGAAAACCUUUAAUAGAGAAUAGACUAAAUCACAGAGAUAAAUUAAUAAAAGAAGAAACAUUGCUCACAGCAAUCAAGUGUGUUGGAAAUAUUGGCAUGUUUGCAGAUAAGUACUAUGAUAGUGUUUUGGAGAAAGACUUGAAGAUCACAAAAUAUCUUUUGUCAUUGGUAAAAAAUCAAAAUAUAAGUGUCAGUGUAGCUAGAGCUAGUGUUCAGGCUCUUGCUGCUGUUGGCUUAAAAGAUGCUAUGAUAAAUGAGCUUCUAACAGUGUUAAAGGAAGAAAGACGGCCCAUUGUAUUGAGGGCAGCUAUUUUCGAUGAAAUAUUGAUAAAAGGAAAUGAAACAGUCAUGAUGAAGCUUGUAAAACUUCUUGAGGAGACUUCCAUAGAAAACCUUCAGACAUACAUUGUAACUAAAGUGUCAAGUCUAAAUGAGGGUCUUCAUUUAAAUCAUGAAGAAUGGAGACAUAAAUUGACAAAACUCGUGGAAGGACUUCAGAUAGAUCAAGAAGAAAAUAUUUGGUUGAAGUCUCAGUUUUCUCAGUUCUCACAUACAGUGGUCAUACCUCUGACCUCAUUGCGACUAGGUGGACAGCUGGCUCUUAAUAUUUUGUACACACCAACAAGCAGCCUAUUUCACAGUUUUACCAUCAAGGGUACUUUAGAAAUUGGAGAGGAAGUGUGGAAUGUAUUUGACAUAGUGGUUGAUAUUGAAGGGAUGGAUGACAUUGUUCACUUACUUCGAUCCAAUAAUAAAAAUAAAACAGAUAAGUCAAACAUUAUUCAAGAAAUUAUGAGCAUCAUACAACAAAAGUUUCGUGAGGCAGGAAAGAGUAAUACAUUUCAUUUCAAACACUUUAGUAAAACCAUCACACAGGCAAUCAUUUCUAUUAUAACAUCCUCUAAUUUACAAGUGACAACUCUGCCUAAGGCAUACAUAUUUCUAAAGCUCAAUGGUUAUGAUGUUGGUUGGGUUUCUUUGAACUCUUUUCUAACCACUCUUUCACACAUGAAAACUUCUGACAGUUUAGUUACUACUUUAAUCAAAACUGUUACUAAAAUAUGUAACACCUUUUUGCCCCAAGCAGUUCAACUCUUUGACUUUCACAUGACUCUACCCACUAUUGCUGGAUAUCCACUGAAUACCAAUCUGGAGGCUGCUUUUGUUGCUAAGUCUGGUUUGCAGAUAAAACACAGUCCAGCAAUCAAUAAGCUAUCGCUAAAUCUUGCCUUUCAUCCGAGUAUAACUACACAUUUUCAAGGAGGUAUGCAAGUCUCUGUUGGUGGAUACUCAAGAUCUAAAAUAACAUCAAAAAUAUCAGGAUUUGCUACUUUAGAUUUGUCUACGAAAAUUGAGUAUUCUACUGCAGACACGGUAGCAGAAAGAGAACUAUUUUUAAACCUAUUCUGGAAUAUAGGAAGUGAACAAUUCAAAUUUUUUAAUUUCAAGACUGAUCUGUUCUUGUUGCACAAUGAUAUUGAACAUAAAGUAUCUCCUCCAGAGACGGAAAAGAAAUUCUUCAAAUGCCUUCCUGACAUAUAUAAUUUAAUAACUGGUAGAAGGUUUUGCUUUCAUGGCAGCUAUUUUGAUGUAUCAAAAAGUGGGUUUUACAAUUUCAUGAACUCAUUUAGGAUAACUGGAACAUCAGACUCAGAAGAUGAAGGUUUAAACCAAUACACAGUCAAUGGUAGCUGGAGUAGCAACUUGCAAGGACCACCUGAACAUCAAUUUAGAAUACAAAUAUCUGGCUUAGGUUCUGAACUGUCUCGAAUAUUGAACAUCACAGUAAAUGUAGAUCAUCAUUUUGGUUUUAAACUGCAGUGCUUUAUUCCUGAUGCUAAUAUAGUUUAUGUGCUCCAGCGUAAGAAAGUUGUGAACUCUACACAUCAUCACAUUGUUUAUGCCUCAGUUCUUCAGCAGGAAAGCAAAACUUUAUACACUUUACUUUUUGAGAGCAAAGGUCACAGAAUACCUAAAAUUGGAAUACUGCCUGGUAAUAUAAUCCUUCCUUACAAUCACACUGACAAUGUCAUCCACUUCAGCUUUGCAUUGCCCAGUUUAUCUCUGGACCUACGCUAUAAAGAUAGAAUUCAUUCUGCAACUUAUGCAACUAAAGAUUUUAUUGUCAAAUAUUUCUGUGAGCCUAAACUGAAAUUUCUAUAUGCAUUUCACCCAGUUAUAAGACAGGCUGUGUCACAUGGUCAUACGUCCACUUUUUCUUAUCAUCAGGAGAUUAUGGACUCAAAGACCCCUCUAGACAAAAUCUGGAAAGCAUUUUAUAAAUUUGUUAUCAUUUGGCCAGAACAAAAAAUUGUGACAACAACAGAAAUGGUUGCUAACAUGUUCUCUGCAGACAGAGUUUCGCAUUUAACUUGGAAAUAUGGAAAUGAAGUUGAUGAAAUACACAUGACCUCUCAUGUGACUAACAAGACUACAUCACAUUAUCAACUGUUUGACUACACUCUUUCAUUGAACAACUCUGGAAAAUUUGCUGUUGGCCUAGUAGGUCAUUUUUUAAUAAAAGGUGCAAAACCAUUUGUGAAUGUGACCAUCAGAACUGAUGUCAAGUAUGUGAAGACUGGUAUGUGUGAAAUGAAAAUAAAAAAAACAAAAUCAUCUUGUCAUUCUUCAGAUUCUAAAGAGAAACCACUUUCUAUAUAUGAUGUGAUACAGGUGAAUAUGAUACGAUGGUUACGGGGAUGUGAUAGAGCCUUUGAAUUAAAUAAUUGUCAGAAAUGGUUAGAAAAGGAACGUUUUCUACAGUGGUGGAAAGGUUGUGAGCUGCCAGUGCAGGAAGACAACUGUAAAGUAACACAGGGGACUGAAGAAAGUUUUUCUCUGAAAAACUCUUUCUGGACACUUGAUACCUGGAGCUAUGGAAUGGAUGGGCUAAUUCUAACCAAACCUCAUAGAACUAAGUCAGUUGUUGGACAAGAAGCUGGAUUGAUGCUACUUUGGGAAACUAAUUCUACUUGGCCAAAAGCAGAGGAGCCAUUUAUUGCAACUAAUGGAAGUCUCUUUAUGAGUAGAAAGCAAUGGGUAAAGCUUAACCUGAAUGACUAUGUUCACAACAUGAUGUUCACUUUUCAAGGUGAGCAUCUCAACACUCCACAGGUGUUUCAACAUGACCACAGCUGGACACUGGUUGAGACAAGUGAGCACAGUUUUGACAGGUCCUUUAAAAUUCAUAUAGAUUUUGAGCACUACAAGCACUUUGAUUAUAACUUGCAGCUGUGUUCUCCACGCUCUAAUGUGACUCAUUACAUUAACUACACAAAGAUUUCUGACUUAGAACAUGAAAUACGUGCUAAUGCUUCUAUCCAUUCUCAUCAACCAAAGUUCAAGCUCAGUUAUUUUGAGGCUACUGACAUUAAUGCAGUAAACUUUGCCACUCAUAUUGACUUGAUGAGCACAUUGUUAAAUUAUGAUCUCAACUUAAGAAAACAAACUGAUGCUAAUGGUUUGACAAUGUCUGCAAACAUUUCAGCUGAUGGACCGUUGUUAGGUGCAGGUAGCAGAAAAACAUUCUCCACAUCCAUAUGGCUACAGAAGAAUCAUUCACCUCACUGGGACUUGACUUAUUGGUCAGACAAACAUUCUGGCAUUGCUGCUGAUAUUUCUUUGAUAAAACAGAACCAAAUGAAACUUAUCCUAAAUUUGUUGAGGAUUGACCAAGAUAAGAUAAAGUAUAUCCCAUUUAUAACCUGGACUUUAGAACUAGUGGAGCCACAAAAAUUACACCAUAAAUUGGAAUUCUCUAGCCUUACUGCAGCAAGCAUUCAACACAAAAUGGCUGUUGUACAAAAUACUGUCUCCCAUGUGAUGAGGAGCAGUGGACAGACAAUGGCACAUAACAUCAAGGCAGAGUUAAAAAAUAAACUAUUGCCUAUUUUGAAUGAGAGUUUAGAUGGAUUCUUCAAAAGACAAAAAAUUGGUACAAUGGCAGUGGAUGUUCUAAAUGAGCUUUGGUUAGACCUUCCUUUAGUUCAAGCACUCAAGUCAAGUCAUAUUGAUGAGCUUUUGACUACUAGUGUUCAGUACUCUACUCAGUUCUUAUCUCAUUGGAUAGUACAUCCACCAUUUUUCAUCAACCAAUUUAUCAAAGUCCAUAUGUAUCAAAAUUUCUUGGAAGCAUUGGCAGAUAAAACCUUGACAUUUUCACAACAUCUUUUUGUAAAUAUGCCAACAUUCAUGCAAUGGCCAAAGUUACCUGUGUUUGAGAAAAAAUUACUUGCUUAUAUUAAGUACAAGACCUUGGGCUCUCAGCUGAAAGACAAAGAUGUUGCUGUUAUCAUUGAUGGGCGACGAAUCAAAACAUUCGAUGGUAUUAUCUACGACAUCACAGAACCUCCAGCACAGUUCUGCUCUUACUUGAUUUGCUCUGACCUUAAAAAGGGUCAUUUUGCUUUAACUUAUGCCAAAGCUGGGCUAACAUUGUCUUUACAAAAGUUUGGUUUGACACUUGCACAAGAUGGCUCCAUUAUUAGCUUUGGUUCCAAGAAGAUUGAUUAUCUUCCAUACUACUCCAAUGAUGCUCAUUUAAUCCUGAGUAUCCAUGAUGGAGAGUUUCAUAUUGACAUUGGCUCAGGUCUGGUGCACUUGAUUUUUAAUCCUGUUAAAUCUUUUUACAUCCUUGCCAUAGACAGGACUCUCAACAAUGCUACAAUCGGUCUUUUAGGUACUAACAAUCAUGAAAAAGGGGAUGAUUUUCUCCUGAUCAAUGGCACUGUAAUAGAGAACAGCAUUGACUUCCAGAACAACUAUGAGCUAAGCAAGAGUGAUGAAUGUCACAUUUCUGAACCUCCAUCUUCUAUUUCCUGCAUGCCUUCUAAUGAUCAGACCUGCUCUGUAUUUUCUUAUCCUGAUCUACAGGUCUGCAACACUAUUCUAAGAUCCCAGCCUUUUAAAUUACAGUGUCAGGUUGAUGUUUGCCAAAAACAAUCAGAGUGUCGCAGCAUUGCAGCUUAUGUAGCUGCAUGUCGUAGUCGAGGAAUUUAUAUUCAUUUGCCUCCUCAUUGUGAGUGUGGUAACAAACUAGAAGGACAAGAGAUUGUUGUGGUUCAGUCUCUCCACCAGAAACUUAUCAAAUCCAAUGAUCCUUUGCUCAGUGUUAAGCAUUUGUUAUCUAGUUUUGAGCAUGAUGCCAGUAUUGGAUUGGUGACCUAUGGAGGAAGUGGGCUAUGGGCAGAGCCUAAAGCACAUCUGCUGGAUGGGAAACUUUUAGUAAAAAAUACAAAAGCAUUACACAAUUUACCAAGUGCUGUAAGUCCAGGACAAAAUGAAACUUCAGCAGAAGAUGCUGUCAAGGUUGCAGCCAGCUAUCCAUUUCAGUCAUUAAAUUCCAAGAUGAUAAUUCUAAUAUAUCACCAUGUGACUGGACAAAAAAGGAUUAAAGAAACCUUGUUAAAAACUUUGCAACGCAAGGGUAUUAUUUUAGUUGCAGUAUCUACCUAUUCCACAUUGGAAGAUAAACAGAUAGUUGGACUUUUGACUGAUGGGAAAACUAUUGGCACUUCUGCUAGUGUGACAUUGCCUCAGGACUUGUUCACCACUGCAGUGCAAGAGUCAAAAGGAAUGUGGAUCAGUCUUGACACACUCAUUGCAGGACAACCAAACAAUAUCCGAAAAAUUGUUUAUGAAUUGACAAAACUUAGGUCUGACAGUCAUAACUGUACCCUUAGCAAUGAUAGUCAUAGUUAAUUUAAACAUAAAUUCAACAAAACAUCUAUAUAUCUUUGUUAAAAUAUAGUUUACUACUUCAGCAUAAUAAAUUAUUAUAAUACUAUGUAUAUUAUCACGUAGAAAUUCAAUUGCAAUUGUCCAUUCCAUAGUUUUAACUGAAGCUAUUCAAACAUGUAAAAAAUGUCAAACCCUAAUACUAUAAUUUAAGAAAUUUGAGUGAACUCCUGCAAAACUUUUUAAGGUGUUGAUGUCAUUUUAUUCCUCUCUUGUUUGAAAGCUUGGCUUUCUUUUUAUUUUACUGCUUUCAGAAUGCCACACUUUCAACUACAAACUAAAACUUCAUUCAAACAUUCUCCAUGGAAAUGGUUUAAUACAUUGGCUCUUGUCUAAGUAGUAAAAAUGCUCUGUACACAGCUGUCUGUAGAUUUACUUUUAAAACAUUGGAUGGUGCCUUUCAUGUUUUUAUUAUUAACACUGCCAUUGGAUGAUUAUUUAUUUUUAUUUAACUAUCUCUGUAUUAAUGUAAAUUGUUUAAUAGGACUAGUUUUGAAUUUUAUGAUUGCUUUCACUGAUUAAAUGUUACUGGUCUCAACUGUUUAUGAUAAAUAAAUAUUGUAUUAAAGCACUUCAGAUAAGUAAAAGGUGUAAAGGGAAAGCCA